UAUAAUUAAGGGCGGGUGUUGAUUUUGAUGGACAGUUAUUUUAUAAUUGCGGAACGAUUACAGUUAUCCGUUUCAUGUGGGUGACAGAGGUCUACAACUACACGGAAGCAAAAACCGAAGAGUAAUAAUGGCAUAUCGUCACGGUGUGAAUGAAGAGAUAUCUGCUGUCUUGAAUGAACUGUGGGACCUGGAUGCUAAUCGGCUGAAGCCUGGAAAGGAUUACAUCAUCUCAGUGCAGGGACGAGCAGGCUAUGUGGCCAAGGGGAGUAACCAGGCCAGAGACAGAGCAAGGGCUUCACUCUUCUCCUACGUGGACGAGGACAAGCUGAGGAGCAUUGAGACCUACGCUCACUUCGUAAAUCUCCUCGACAACUAUGAGAUGUCCACGGGGGUGUCCGAGACUGUGACAUCACAGGAGAGGAUGGAGAACCAUCUGUUUCUGGAUGCCAUCCUUCAAACUGAGGUCAUGAAGUGUGCCCACAGAUACCUGGUCAAGAAGGGACAGGCCUCUUCAGAUGUGGAACAGUUUAAGAAGCAGCUGUUUGACAUCUGGUUUCGCCUCUACCAUCGAGACAGAAGUGGCGGGCAGGAUUCCUGUGGUUUUGAGCAUGUGUUUGUCGGAGAGACCAAGCACGGGAAGGAGAUUAUGGGUCUGCACAACUGGGUUCAGUUUUAUCUGCAGGAAAAACAUGGCCAUGUUGACUACAAGGGCUACAAAGCCAGAGGCAAUAAGGACACACCAGAUGAGGACGACCAUGUCCUGAACCUGCAGUUCAGCUGGAAGGACUUGGUGAAGCCGGUGGGCAGCUCCUUCAUCGGGGUCAGUCCUGAGUUCGAAGUGGCCCUCUACACCUUGGUCUUCCUCACGUCCGAUGAGAAGGUCACCAAGGUGGUGGUGAAGGUGGAUGAAUACCUGCUGGAGGUGGUCGUGUGUCGGUACGGAUUCUCUAUUGGGACAUCCUACCCCAAGAUGCUUAGCAGCAAUAACAGGGAUUAGCAUGUGGCCCUUGAGCUAAAAGUACAAAUGUAAACAAAAGCUGGACCAAAGAAAUGACUACAUUAUUUAUAGAUGUGUAACAUGAGGACAGUGACGUUGAUCCUGUGUAUAGAUUAUGCACAGGUGAAAUAUUUAGUUUGAGGUCAUUUUUGUUUGUUUCUAGUUACUUCAUGCCUGAAUUUAAAGGCUCACCAACAUAUGCAAAACACAAAUUUCACUAGUUCAUCCAUCAGAAUGCUUAAUUUAGAGCGCUGAUAAAAUGCAUGUUUAGCUUGGUAGCUGGUCAGCCGUGGUCCUGGGAUGCCUAUAGUGGAGAUUACAUGUGUGCGACACCCUCUAUGGAUACGGAGUAAUGUGAGCUUAGAGCUAUUAAUGAAAUGGUGGAUCAUUGGGAGGAGGUGGGGCGCUUUGCAAUGCCAGAGUGUGUGGCAUAUGGGACAGGAAAGGCAGGUUUAAAUCUCCUAGAAUGCGAAAGUGGGGUGAGUGACAGCUGUCAAUCAUCCCCAUGGGCUCCUCCUAAACUUUGUCAUUAUUAAUUAUUAGUUGUACAUUACAUUGUGUAACACAUUUCUUAAAUAUAUUUCUUGAAAUUUAAAUAUAGGAAUUCUUUUUGUUAAAAUACUGAACAUUUCCUGUAAUCAUCCAAACUAGGGAUGUAGUUCCAGAAAUAAAAAGAGCCAUAACCCCUGCA